AUGAAUCCAUCCGCCCCGUCGCCUGCCCAAGACGAGUUCAACGAGCUGUUCCGCGACAAGCACACCGACGCCCGACACCCCGAAGACGGCCGCCCCGACAGCGACGUCUCUGACCCCGAGUCGCCCGGCGCUGCUGCCGACUACCUCGAGAAGAUCGACACCGACGACGAGCUCGACCUCCCCGCCGACAUGCGUGCCAACUACUACAUGCCCAGCCUCCGCUCAGAGGCCAACACGGGCCCCAAGGGCGUCAUCGCCGACGCCCAAGCCUUUGAGCAGGCCAAGAAGCAGGCCCGCCGCUUCACCUGGAAGAAGAACAGCCCCCCUCCCCAGUACACGGUCAAGGCCUACCACGACGACAAGACGGGCUCGAGCGACGACGACGAGGAUGCCGGCUUCAUGAGGCAGUGGCGCGAGGCCAGGCUCAAGGAGCUCCAGACGGUCGGCGACAAGAUGCGCUCCAGGACAAAUAGCCCCAGCCGCAAGAUCUACGGUACCAUGCCGCUGGUGGACGGAGAGGGCUACCUCGAUGCUGUCGACAAGACAACAGUCAUAGCAUGCACUCGUUUAAUUCUCCGACGCCUGCACAUGCACAUGCACACGAACCAACUAUACAGCUACCAAGCCUCGGCUCGCAUGGGGGCCGCGCUCCGCUGCCGCAUUCCCUCUUUGUUUAUUUGCAUUGAUUUUUGA